UCCCUUCUCAGUUCUCACGGCAAGUGGGGCCCGAAGACUUAGCGGCUCCACGGAGUCGCCUCUCACUGCAAGCGGGGCCCACCUACUCGAGCCGCUAAGUCGGUGACGCAACGGUCAUUAGCCAUCGUAACCUUGCGCGGGAGAGAGAAAGAGAGCGCGCAGAGCAGCGCCGGAAAACCAAAAAGAAGCUCUAGGCCUCUCGCCGCCUCGCCGUGAUUUCUCGUCGCAAAAUUUAGGGUUUCCGGAGGGAGAGGCGGAGGGGCGGCGGCAGAGGAGAGGGGGAGGAAGGGGCGGUGGCUGGCGUAGGGGCACGUCCCACCGCCGUCGUCGGCGCUUGACGGAGGCCCGCCUCGCCGGAGUACGUCGUCGGACUCGGACGCUACCGGCGGCUACUACCCUCCACGCGUAUAUCUUCUCUGCGUCCGUUCGUAUAUCUUCGCUGCGUCCGCGAGGGGCGAUCUUGGCCUUGGUCGGUGUCGGGCAUGGCCAGAAACUCCAAGAACAAGACAAAAAAGAAGCGUGUCGAGAAAGACGCAGCGCCGCCGGCUCCGCGCCUCCAGGGCGCACCGUCAUCGAGACCCGACUCCAUGAGCCAACCGAGCGAGGCCGGGAAGGAGCGGCGACAAGAUACGCCCAUCGUCACCCACGCGUCCCCGACCUCUUCGUGGCGCGCGGAGCAGAAUCUGCUCCUUCGAGAUGAGCUCCCCGACGGUGACGCGCCCCCGGCCCCCUCCGAUGAAGGCGUCACCGGCGCGUGCUCGGGCUCCUCCGGGCGGCCGACAGAUGAUGGAUGGGAGACUGUAGCUUACAAGAGAAGCGGAAGGCGCUCAUCCAAGCCAGUGCAGCCACAGGCGCUCAUCAAGUCCGCCGCACCACAUAAUGCACGACGGUUCAGAAAACCAGCUACUCUCGCUCAAUACCAUGUCCCUGUCCCUGUCCCUGCAACAUCAACGCAAGCGCAGCACGCGCAGAUAGCAGAAGAGGAGGAUAUACCCUACAUUGGUGCACUUUUUGAGGAAAAGGAAGAGGGUGAUUCUGAAGAAGAGAGACAUGCACUUUAUUUGAAACAUUCAUCCAAGUGUAGCAAAGACCACAUGGUUUGCCUAAUCUGUUAUCUUGAGUUUGGGAAACCAAAACCAAUUAAUAGAUCCAAGGUUCAAGACCACUGUCAAGAAAUUCAUAAGACUCCCGGUAUCAAAUGCGAACAAAAAGGCUGCCAAGUGAGAGGACGAUGCAAAGGUGAUACGGGUAAACACAAGCGCUACAGUCAUGAUCUAGGGGCAGGGUGGCGGCAGAAAUUGGAUUGAUACCAGUGAAGUCCAGUGUGAUGAAAUACAAACAGUAGUCAGAUGGCUGAUGAUAAGUUUGGACUAUACAUCUUUCUGUAGUCAGAUGGCUGACAUAUAUUAGUUCUGAGCUUCUUGUAACAUUACAGACAGACCUGUGUUGUUUCCCCUUUACAUAAACAAAACAACAUACUGAAAGACAUCGAUACUCUUACUAUUAUACUACAUUAUAUAUGCCGGUGUACAAAGACUUGAUUGUGCUAGUUCAACGUGAAACUUCAUCCGAAGAACAUCAAACCA